CUCUCUUCUAAACCAUUUAUUUUCUCUCAUUUGCUUCUAUUUUCAUUUCAUUCUAAAACCAAAUAAAACUCCACCAAAAAAGAAAAAAAAUACUCCAUUUUCCUUUCUUUAAAGUCAAAUCUUUGUUUUCAUUUAUGAAAAUGAUAUUUUGAAUAUCCUCAUCAAGAGUAGCGUUUACAAUACACUGCGUCCUAGUCCGCGAUUCAGCCUAAAAUUCUUCUAAUGCUACAUGGAUGGAAUUAUGAUGUGUUCCUUAGUUUCAGAGGUGAAGAUACAAGAACAAGUUUCACAGGCUCUCUCUAUCAUGGUUUGCACCAAAAGGGCAUCAAUGUUUUCAUAGAUGAUGAGGAGCUUAGGAGAGGAGAACAAAUAUCUCCAUCUCUUCUUACAGCCAUUGAAGAAUCAAGAAUUUCUAUCAUUGUGUUUUCUCAGAACUAUGCAAAUUCAACUUGGUGUCUUGAUGAGCUUGCUAAGAUUCUUGAAUGUUGGAAAACAAAAGGACAGUUAGUUUUUCCAGUUUUUUACUAUGUUGAUCCUUCUUCUGUAAGGCAUCAAAGAGGAAGUUUUGGAACAGCAAUGGCUAAACAUGAAGUCACAUUCAAGGAUGAUGUUGAAAGGUUGAAGAAGUGGAAAAAAGCCUUGUUUGAUGCAGCCAAUUUUUCAGGUUGGAGCUUAGAAAAUGGGUAUGAGUAUGAGCUUAUAAUAAAAAUCAUUGAGGAGGUAUCUGGCAAAUUAAAUAACACCCUUUUGCAUAUUGCUGAGCACCCGGUUGGACUAGAAACUCGAAUAUCGGAAGUAAAAUCACUUUUGCAAAUUGAAAAGCCUGGUGAAGAAGCUUCUUUCAUUGGAAUCCAUGGACUUGGAGGCAUAGGUAAAACAACAAUUGCAAGAGCAUUAUACAACUCAAUUGCUAAUCAAUUUGAAGUCACAAGUUUCCUUACUGAUAUAAGAGAAAGUUCAACUCAAAGACAAGGCUUAGUUCAACUUCAAGAAACGCUUCUUUAUGAAACAGUUGGUGAAAAGAAUAUUAAGCUAGGAAAUGUUUAUAAAGGAAUCCCUAUCAUAAAGAAGAGAUUAUGUUGCAAAAAAGUACUUUUGAUUCUUGAUGAUGUUGACAAAUUGGAACAGAUUCAAGCAUUAGCCGGAGGACGUGAUUGGUUCGGUUUUGGAAGUAAAAUAAUCAUAACAACAAGAGAUAAACAAUUAUUAGCUUCUCAUGAAGUUGAUAAAACAUAUGAAGUUAAGAAACUUAACCAUGAAGAAGCUUUUGAACUCUUUACAUGGAAUGCAUUCAAAAGAAAAGCAACUGAUAAGGGCUAUUUCGAGAUUUGCAACAAUGUUGUUCUCUAUGCUGAAGGACUUCCAUUGGCUUUGAGAGUAAUGGGAUCUAAUCUGUUUGGUAAAACUGUUGAGGAAUGGAAAUCUGCAUUGGCAAAAUAUGAAAAAAUUCCUAAUAAAGAGGUUCAAAAUGUACUUAGAGUAACUUAUGAUAAUUUAGAAGAGAAUGAAAAGGAAAUAUUCUUGGAUAUAGCAUGUUUCUUCAAGGGUGAGACAGUUGAAUAUGUUGAAAAGACACUUCAAGCUUGUGGUUUCUUUCCGAAAUUCGGGAUCAGUGUACUUACUGAUAGGUCUCUUGUAAGUAUUGAUGAAUAUAACCGAUUGAGAAUGCAUGAUUUGAUACAAGACAUGGGUAGGGAAGUUGUUAGAGAAGUUUCGCCGUUAGAGCCUGGAAAACGGAGUAGAUUAUGGAAUCAUGAAGAUGUUAUUGAAGUACUAACCGAAAAUUCGGGGACUUAUAGAGUUCAAGGCAUGAUGGUAGAUCUUCCUGAUCAAUAUAUGGUACACUUGAAAGAUGAUUCAUUCAAAAAGAUGAAGAAUCUCAAAAUUCUUAUAGUUAGAAAUGGGCAUUUUUAUGGCAGCCCUCAACAUCUUCCAAACAAUUUAAGGUUGCUUGAUUGGAUGGAGUAUCCUUCAUCAACUUUACCAUCUACUUUUCAUCCAAAAAAACUUGUUGUACUCAACUUGUCGCGUAGUCGUUUCACAAUGCAAGAGCCAUUCAAGCAUUUGGAUUCAUUGACUUCUAUGGAUUUGAGUCACUGUGAAUUCUUAACAAAGCUACCUGACGUUUCUGGCGUGCCUAAUUUAACAGAACUAAAUCUUGACUAUUGUACAAAUCUAGAACAAGUUCAUGAUUCAGUUGGAUUUCUUGAGAAACUUAUUGAGUUGAGGGCUUAUGGAUGCACUAAGCUUAAGGAUUUUCCACAUGCAAUCAAAUUGUCAUCAUUGAAAAGUCUAAUUCUUAAUUGGUGCUCAAGUCUUCAAACAUUCCCUACAAUUUUAGGCAAAAUGGAUAAUCUCAUAUCUAUUUCUAUUGAAGGCACUGGUAUUGAAGAAUUGCCUCCGUCCAUUGGAAAUCUUGUUGCUCUUCAAGAAUUAAGCAUGACAUCUUGCUUGAGUCUAAAGGAACUUCCUGAAAACAUUGAUAUGUUGCAUAAUCUUAGAAACCUUGAUAUCGAAGGUUGUCCACAACUUAGAAGCUUUUUGACAAAAUUGAGAGAAUUAGGACAAUCAACUCUUACCUUUGGUAAUGUUCAAUCAUUGAAUCUGGAAAAUUGUGGUCUUAUAGAUGAAGAUCUUCCCAUAAUUUUCAACUGUUUCCCAAAUUUAGCAUCAUUAGUCCUUUCAGGAAAUAAUUUUGUAACUCUGCCAAGGUGCAUUCAAGAAUAUCAUUCCUUGGAAAUGCUUCACUUAGACAACUGCAAACAGCUCCAAGAAGUUAUAAGCCUUCCUCCCAAUUUACAAUACAUCAAUGCAAGAAACUGCAUAUCAUUGACUGCAGAGUCAUCAAACUUAUUACUAAGCCAGGAAACUUUUGAGGCAUGUGAAUUACAAGUUCUGGUUCCUGGAACAAGUAUUCCAGAAUGGUUUGACCACAUCACCAAAGGAGAAUAUAUGACCUUUUGGGUUAGAAAAAAAUUUCCUGCAAUUAUUUUAUGCUUUGCUCUUGCAAUAGAGAGUGAAAUGAAGAAGAGUUUCAACUGCGAAAUCCGAUUCUAUAUAAACAGUGAUGAAGUUUAUGAAUUGGAAAUACCAAGAUGCUUUUCAGAAAUGGUGACAGAUCAUGUAUGGCUUUAUGAUUUGAGGACUCAUCCAUCCAUCAGAUUGAAUGAUCUUGAAUCAUAUCUGGUUGAUGAUUGGAAUCAGAUUGAGAUUUCAUGUGACAAAAUAAUUGGACCAUCAAAUGUAACUAUAAGCUGGUGUGGAGUUCAUAUAUGUAGGGAAGAAGAUAACAUGGAGGAUAUUCUAUUUAAAGAUCCUGAUCUUGAUUUAGAUUCAAGCAGAGAAACUGAGAAGAUUGAUUCUGAUUUGGAUAAAAACAAUGAUGCAAGAAUAAAGUCAAUUGGAGAUUUCAAAAAUAGCAAAAAAGAUAAUGAUUUCUACUGUUUCAAGAACUUGGAAGAUUAUAAUAAUGCUGCAAGUCACACAGAGAUGGAUCAUAAUCAAGAUAAACUUUUAUUGCAUCCAAAAACAUUGGAUAGUGUUACUAAUGAUUCAAUGCCUUUAGUAUGUUUUGGAGGCAAGAAUGUUGUCGAAGGAUCAAACAUGAUAGCUUCUGAUCAUCAAGCAAAAGCUCGGGAAAAAUCCAAAGUCACAAGUUUUAUACAAACACCAAUUGCUAAUCUGGAUGAUGCAGACAUGGAAGCAUUUUAUGCUAUUCUUGAUGCUGAGACCUCAAUUCUUUCACUUUCCAAUCACAACGACAUAAUUUCUGAAUCAUCCAACAGAAUAAUUCCAAGUGAAGAAACCAAGAAAGCUUUGAAGACACUUCAAGAUUUUCUCACCAAAGACUUUUCUGUUCUUUUAAGGCCUAAUGAGUACAAUACCAUGAAAUCUACCUUAGAUUACCUCACAAAUGUACCAACAGAAGAUGGAAUAUCUGUUGAUAUAAGAUCAUUGGUUAAAGAAGUUUCAAGACAGUUCACUUGUUGGAGUCAUGAUUACACAAAUGAAGGCAAGAAAAUAGAGUAUACAAAAGCCAAAUUGUUGAAAAGUGAUGAGCUAGAAGAGGGUCUUGAAGCUAACAAAACUCUUUUUAGAGAAGUGAAGUAUUUGGAAAAUGAAUUGUGCAAUGAGUUGGAAUAUUUGGAGGACAGAAAAAAGGAGUUAGAAGAACUAAUAAAUGGUGUUAGGGCUAAUAUAGCUGCUUCACAAGAAGCCAAGAACAUGGUUGUUCAUACAAAGAGAGAAAUCUUUGAGAAUGCAAAGAUUCUAAAAGUUCAAAGAGAUGAGUUAAGGGGACAAGUACAUUGUUUGAGAGAUGAGCAUGAAUUGGCUAAGAAAAUCCAGGCAAAUAUUAGAGAUGAAUGGGCAAAGCUAGGUGAAAAAUUUAGCAAGGCUGCCAACUAAGGUGGUCUAGUUGAUAAGGAGUUGUCCCAUGUCUCGCAAGCACAUGAGGUGAACUCCCGUUGCUGGUCUCAAGAUCUCGUUGGUGGAUAAUCAAUAAGUAUAUUUGUCUUCACUCUUUGAUUUUGAGCCUUGACGCCUGCCCGAGGAAUCAUGAAAUUUCAAAAAGUGGGUUCUUAGCUUUUUACUAUAAAAUAUUUAUACAAAAGUAUAUAAAUGUAUAGAAAAAAUGACGAUAUCAUUAUCAUUAAGCAAUAAAUUGUAGUCAUAUGUGUAGUUUUAUGUAUUUUAUAAUUUUAUGCUAUUAACAUGGAUGUUGUAAGUUUGUUUAUAUAUUUAUCAUUUUUUUAAUUUUUAGUGAA